AUGUUACGGGCAAAGUAAGAAGUCUGGGCAUUGUGGCACAAUGAAGUAGAAGUAAUGACCUUUUUUUUUUUGCUUAUCUACCCUCUUAAUCAAAAUGUUUUUAUUAUUUAAUUAAUUAAUUAAUUAACUUAUCCACAUUUAACAGGGGGGUAAAUGAAAUUUCAGUGGGGCUAUCGCCCCCUUGUCAUAUACCUGGAUUUAACAGUGCUAUCACAUCGGCCUUGGUAUCUUUCUUUCAUAGUCUUUAUAGCCAAGGCUACGACAAGUGUGCAAUAAAUAAAUUAUGGAAAAUCGAAAAACGACCUCCCCAAUAUAUUAACCAGACCUAAAAUAUUGAUUUACAGACCAUGUCCGGUCCGAAUUUUAAUGCCGAAUAAUAUUUUAAUACCAACAAACGGACAGAAAUGUACGAUAUAUGAAUACACUCGCUAUACUCUUAGUAUAUUGUUCGGAUAAAUGGUUCACAUAACUUUAAUUCAGUGGUAGUAUUCUCAGUUAAUGUUAUAAUCAUAGGUAUUGCAAGACCGUGUUAGAUCGUUAUUUGAAUGAUAUUAACAGUUUUCCUUGACAGUGAGUCAGUGAAUAAACAUAUUUACAUAACCAAUGUGUCAAAUGGACUUUUGUUCGAAAUUAUAUAUAUGAUUCGGCCGGCAUAAUGUCACGACAUUCGUUUUAAUUAUUCGGAUCGUCGUCGUUAAUGUUUUUUUUUCGUUUUAGGAUGUUCGCGUUAAUCCCCGUGAUAUAUUUUUUAACGUUGGCGACGAUUAUGUCUUCCGGCGUGACCGGCGAGUUCCGGCAAUCGCAGUGGGUCACGAAAAUACUUUACGGUACACUGGAAAGUUACGUUCCCGCGGGCGGACCGGAAUGCACGUGCGACGGAGAGACGUGCCGAGAUGGAUUGAAAGGUCUCGAGUUGUGGGCGACUCAAAGUAAGUCCAAAUAUAAUGUUUUGCGCAUCAUUCCGUAUAUAUAAAUAUUGGAUAUUGCGGGUGAAAUUGUUUGGCGUUAUACUUUUUGCACAUUAUAAUUAAAACAAUAUAUAGUUACUUAUCGAUAUAUUACUUACUUAAGUUUUAUCGAUAUAAAAAAAAAAAUUUAAAUAUCACCUAUUAGAUAGGUACGUUCUCCUCUUACUCCUGAACUGUUUAAUUUGUUUAAUAAUAUUCAUGUGUAUUAUGCUUUCUAAAAGAAAACGUUAUCGAGUGUGUCCAUAAGAAAGUUGUUGCUUGAUUUUAUGUGUAGUUUUCUUAAUAAUUGGGAAAACCUGAGAACAGCUCCGACUAUAUAAAAUUAAGCCAUACACCGACCGAUACACCAAUUUAUAAUUUAUGACAGCGCCAUAGAAUUUUGUAUUUAUUAAGGUUACAAUAAAUUGCAAGUUUAUUACUGACACCAAUAGUAUUCAUAUAAAUAAUAAUAUUUAUUUAUAUAGUGUACGAUGCAUCAGUAGGUUUUCCAACUGGUAUAUUAUCCGGAAAAUCGAUCGAUUUUGGAGAUUACGACGAAUGUUUGGAAAUCAAUACGACCGGCUUGGGCUUUAAAUUGAAAUACUGUAUUGUCAACAUACAUUUUUCACCGUCCCAUAAACUAUACCCAAACUAUUAUAAAAUCGCGCCACCUACUUUAACUUCAUCAGUUCCUGUAUGCGAAGCGGUCAAGGUACGUACCGAUUUUCAUAAUUUUACAACAAUAGUAAUAGAUUCUAUACACAAUACAAAUAAUAUACAAGACCGUGUUAAGGGGAGAGCUAGUGGGAGCAUUUGCCCCGGGUUGUCAAAGUUUUGAAAACUAUUGGGCAACCGGCUCGAUAUAA